AUGAAAAGUCAAGGAGGUCAAACUGUUUUAUCCAAAGAAACUGAAGAAGAAUUUAUUAAAUACAUAAAUAUAUGUGCUGACUGGGGCUAUUUUUUGGAGGCGUAUGAUUUAAGAGUACUUGUUAAGGUCUAUCUUGAUGAAUUAGGUGUGAAUGAAAAGAGAUUUAAUAAUAAUAUGCCUGGACCAGAUUUUGUCUCCUCUUUUAUGAAAAGGCACAAAGAUGCAAUUUCUCAGAGAUUAUCGCAAAAUAUAAAGCGAAAUCGGGCUGCUGUUUCCCCUGAAAUAAUAAAAAAAUACUUUGAAGAAUUAGAAAUUUCAUUAUCAGGCGUACCUAUGUGCAAUAUUAUAAAUUACGACGAGACGAAUCUUUCGGAUGAUCCUGGGCGGCAGAAAAUAAUUACAAAAAAAGGCGUGAAAUAUCCAGAGCGGGUGAUGAACCACUGCCGUUUCUAUUAUGAUUGCGUGCACAGCUAA